UCUUGAGGAGCCUUUAUAACAAUCACAGUUACAGAGGAAGAAGAACCUUUAGAGAAGAGCAACCUUCCUCUCUUCCUCUACCAUAUAACCACCCCCAGAAGGUAGCUGCUGGUAGUUCCAAUGGAACUCCUUUCUCAACACCAUCUCCCUGGCAACCAGGAAAUGAAUUGCCUGUUCUACAACACUAGCCUAAGUGAGAAGAGACACAACUCAUCUCUGAAUCAACUACUGAGAUACUUUCCUACCUACCUCCAUUCUAAUCUUCAAACUCAGAGAUUUGGUUAGAUUGGAAACAAGCCCCCCCCCAAAAAAUUAGUAAAACAAAAAAAUCAUAUCAUGACAGAAGAUGAAAAUUCAAGGGUUAUGCUAAAGCCAUUGGUCUUUCGUGCAGAUGAUACUACUCCUGAAAUAGUAAAAAAUGUUCUACUAGAACGUGGUUGGAAAAAAUUUAAUGAACAUGUGCAGGAUGUGGGAGACUGGAACCUGUAUUGGCGGACCUCCUCUUUCCGUAUGAUUGACUAUAAAAAUGUUAAGCCAUGGCAACGGCUUAAUCAUCACCCAGGGACCAUCACACUUACCAGGAAGGACUACUUGGCAAGACAUUUAAAGCACAUGAAAGGGAUUUAUGGAGCAUCUCUUUAUGCAUUCUCUCCACUGACUUUUAUCAUGCCCUAUGAGUAUAUUAAGUUUGUAGCUGAAUAUUCUAGGGAGAAAGAGGCCCUUGGGAAAAAGCCAAGCUACUGGAUAUGCAAGCCUGCAAAACUGUCUCGUGGGAGAGGCAUAAAAAUUUUCAGUGACCUUAAAGAUUUGAUCUUUGAUUGUACAACGGUUGUACAGAAAUAUAUUAGCAACCCCUUCCUCAUUGCUAAAUAUAAAUGUGAUCUACGUGUCUAUGUUUGUGUUGCUGGUUUCUGGCCCUUGACCAUUUAUAUCUAUCAGGAAGGACUGGCACGGUUUGCUACUGAACAGUUUGAUCUCACUAACCUGAAGAACAAUUGUGCCCAUCUGACCAAUAGCAGCAUCAAUAUAGCUGGAGCCUCCUACAAAAAGAAUAAAGUUGGGGUUGGUCGAGGUUGUAAAUGGACCCUGACCAGGUUCUUCUCUUAUCUUCGUAGUAAUGAUGUGGAUGACCUGCUCCUAUGGCAAAGAAUCAACCACCUGGUGAUCCUCACCAUGCUCUCCAUUGCCCCCUCUGUUCCUUUUGUUUCCAAUUGCUUUGAGCUCUUUGGAUUUGACAUUUUAAUUGAUGACAAGUUCAAACCAUGGCUUUUAGAAGUGAACUAUAGUCCUGGCUUAUCUUUAGACUGUUCUAUUGAUGAGUCAGUAAAGAGAAAGCUUAUCCAUGACAUCAUUGAAUUAAUGCAUUUCAAUCAGACUCACCUGAGGAAUACUAAAAAGGAAUCUAGUAAAGCUUCAGGCCCCUGGACUGACAUUUUUGGGACUGAAAGUAAUAAAUAUGGAGAUAAUGGAACUUCAAAUCAUUGGUGUACAUUUUCCUGGGCAGAAGGUAUAAGAGAUAGAGUCCAUGAAACUUCAAGUCAUUGGACAAACAUUUCUUUGUUUGGAGAAAAAACCAGAGUUCAUGCAUCAUCUAAAUACACACCUUAUAACAAAGACUCUCAUCACUCCAGUAUUAUCUCUUUGUUGGGAUUCACAGGAAGAACAACUGAUAAGGAUUUUUCUGCCUUAAGGAAGGAAGGCAAAGAUUCUCAUAAACAAGGAAUCACUGCAAAACUAAGAAAAAAGGCUUCAAGAGUUUCUCUAUCCCAAGACUUUCAAAAAAUACGAGCUAGAAAGAAUAUAUUCAACUCAAUCCAUUUCUUCCCAUCUUCUAAGCCAUGUGAGAUCAAGAAAAAUGCCACCCCAUAUUUCCAGUCUGACAAGGGCAUAAAGCCAUGCUCCCACGCAGGUGAUUUUGUCCUCAUUUUCCCUUUCAAUGAGGCUACUAUUGCAGCUACCAGGAAUGGUUUGGAUCUCAAGAAGGUCAUCCACGAACUUCAUAAGCUCACAAAUAAACAACCAACACUAGGGGUAGUGGAUAAAAUUAAGAAAAUGUGACAUGGGGUUUAGAUACCUUACUAAAAUCUCCAUUCAUCAAAUGAACCAUGGCAAUACUAACUAGUAUUUGUUUUCUGGCUAUCAUCUAAAACUAUCAAAAUCAGAAAAAAGGACAAUCUCAUUGGAUAUGAUAAUGUUCAUAUUUUUAUGAACUUAAAUCACAUAUUUUAUUACAUGCCUAAUGUUUCCUUAGGCCCCUUGGGAAAGUAGUACAUAUAUAUUCAUUUGGACAUGAGUUCCUGCAAUGAUGCUAUAUAAUUUAAAAAUUUUUUUUAAAUUAUUAAUUAUUAAUCUAACAUGUUAAAGGCUUUGAGAAAAGGACAAGACUAAAAGAUCAGGAGUAAAUAUCCUGUACCAGGCAUAUUUCAGUAGAUUUUUUUAUGGGAAUGUCUUAUUUAUUUUUUUAUUUUAAUUGAAUUUAAUUGAUUAAGAAAAUUUUUUCAUGGUUACAUGAUCCAUGUUCUUUCUCUCCCCUCCUCCCACCCCCUUCUCAUAGCCAACGUCCAAUUCCACUGGGUUUUACAUGUGACUUUGAUCAAGACCUACUUCUAUAUUAUUGAUAUUUGCACUAGGGUGAUUGUUUAGAGUUUAUGUCCCCAGUCAUAUCCCCAUCAACCCUUGUGGUUAAGCAAUUGGUUUUCUUCUGUGUUUCUACUCAUGAGAAUGUCUUAAUGACCAUUUUUUUCUUAAUGUAAUAAGAUCCCAGAACUACUACUACAUUGUGAUGUUGGGUAAGUCAUUUAUUCUUCUGUGCCCUCAGUAUCCUUACCUGUAAAAUGAAGGAGUUGGUUUGAUUGAUUCCUAAGGUUUCUCCCACCUUUAACCUUCUAUAAUGUGUCAAAGUUUUCCCCAAAACAAAUGCUUACUGAAAAACUAAGGAACAGAGAGCACCAAAAAGUUCCCUCUUCCCAGUAUUUCCAAAGAGAAGAAAUAGACAUGUCAUUUUCCUAUUAUAUCUUGUGUGAAAACAAAUAGCUUCUAUAUACUAAAGGCUAGCAUUGUUUAUACAAUUUGAUUAUAAGCAUUUAUGCAUUAAUUUACUCAACCAAUAUUUAUUUAGGACCAAUUAUUAUCUCCCUGUUCUGGGCACUGUGGGGGAUACAGAAAGGAUAAAUCAUGGCUUCUGCUCUUACAGAACAGAGGGUCUAACAUGGGACAUAAGACAAUCACAAAGAGCUAUAAUACAAUGGUCAUGCAAGUGAAACAUGAGAGGUCAUAAGAUCAAUGAUAGGUUAGGGGAUACAAAGGACCUUAAGCAUCAUCUAGUUCAACUCUCUCCUUUUACAUAUGAAGAAAUGGAAGCCCAGAGAGAGGACAUGACUUAACCAAAGCCACAUAAAUAAAGGCAGAAUUUGAACCAAGGUCAUGUGACUGCAAAUUCAAGAUUUUUACAGGCUAAUUCAAGAAAAGACAAUCCAUCCUGGUCAAGAAUUCAGGGAAGUGUUUACGAAAGAGAAAUCAUUUUAAUUGGACCUUGAAGGAUAAGCAAGAAUUGGACAGGUAAAGCUUCAGGAGAGGGAGAGUUUUACAAAUAGAAGAUGAGUUCAUGUAUAGAACUGGUAUGUCAUGGGGAAUGCUCACGGGUGUUGAGUUUGCCAAAGGACUGGGUAUGAAAAAUGGAGAGGUAUAAAAGACUUGACAGGUAAAUCAAGGUCAUAUCUUAGAGGAUUGUGAAUGCAGACUUUGUUCAGUAGGUAAACAAGAACCAUUGGAAAGGAUUUAUAUAUGGAUGCCAUGAUUGGAACUAUUUUGUAGGAAAAUAAAUGAGGUAGUAGUAAGUGAGGUGGACUUGAGAUGGAAGUCAGUUGUAAUAAUCCUGACAGAAUAUAUUAAAGGACUAAAUCAGAAUCAUGGCACUUGGAAUGGGAAGGAUGAGAUAGCUUUAAUGAAGGUUGAAAUGUCAGGAUUGUUUGGAUGUAGGUGGGGAGUGAAAGGAAAAUAAAAAUAAUUUGAGCUUGGUG